AUGACUAACAAUGAGGCUGAGUACGAAGCUGUGAUUGCAAGAUUGAAGCUAGCCCUCAAAUAUGGUGCCUGGCGACUUGUCAUCCACUGUGACUCCCAACUCGUGGUGAACCAAGUCAUCGGGACUUUCCAGAUCAAAGAACAGAGGCUACAAAGGUACCAGUCAGAAAUCCACAAGCUACUGCCAGAGUUCGACGAGUGUCGCCUCGUCCAGAUACUCAGGGCACAGAAUAUCGAAGCAAAUGGCCUUGCUAAACUGGCUGCGGCCACCAAGAAUAUCAACAAAGAGAACGUGACACACCUUCAUUCUGAAAUCGACCAUGUUGAGAAGCUCGAGGAAGCUAAAGGGCUAUGGCCCGAACUACUACCUGAUGUGUUAUGGGCAUACCGCAUUACGCCGAAAUCCAUCACAGGAGAAACGCCAUACUCACUGGUCUACGGGACCGACGCAGUCAUACCCGUUGAGGUCAGGGAACCUAGCCUAAGAUACUCCAACGUAAGUGGGGCAGAUAACGACGAAAGUAGGCUACAAGAAUUAGACAAAGCCGAAGAACGAAGAGACAUGGCCCACGUAAGAAUGGUAGCCCAGAAGCAGCAAGUAGAAAGAUACUACAACAAGAAAGCCAAGGUACGAUCACUCAAAGUGGACGAUUACGUCCUCAAAACCAAAACACAGGCAUCAAAGGAUCCAAAUGAAGCAAAGUUAGGAACAAACUGGGACUGA